GAGACGUGUAGCUCUGGCUGGUCUCGAACACUACCGAACCCGGGAUGACCUUUCAACUCCCGAUCCUGCUGCCUCCACCCCCCCCCCCAAGUGUCCGGAUGAGGGGGGGACGGGGCCUCGUGCUCAGUGGGCUCCAUCCGAGAUCAGUGGGGAGGAACGCCUGCUGCAGCCCACCAUACACACGUGACACACGGGAGAAAGGAAAUGUCACUUUCAAAAGGCGACAGUGGCGCCCGUCUUUACUCCGAACACUCCGGGGACAGAGGCAGGAAGAUAUCUGUGAGUUCGAGAUCCACCGGUGACCGGUGUGCGAACCCCACGGGAACCCUCGGGCACUUCCGGUUCCUGCGCGAGCCAACGAGUCGAGGCCCCGCCCCCUGGGCGGCCUGCGCACGCGCCCCUUAGCGCCAUUGGUGCAGUCUGAGCAUGCGCACUAGCUCAGUAGGCUUUGGCGGACACGCGCGACCCGGAAGACUUUCGUGCCACACUCCAGAACUGCCGUGAGGGGCGUCGAUGGCAGAGGAUGCAGAAGCGGCAGCCGAGAGUGGUGGUGGUGGUGGUGACUCCGGAGUCGGCGCGUGCGAACGGGGCGUAGCGCCCAUUAAAGCUCAGUACCGCACCACCAAGGAACAGUUCCACCAAUACCUGGACGCAGACAAGCCGGAGGAUGUGUUCCAAGAAACGCCUGCCGGAGACCCUGAUGACAGUGAUCCGGCUGAGCCCAAGGCCAAGAGGAUAUGCCUGGAAGAUGGGCAGGAGAACGGGAAGACAGAGGAGGCAGCUGAGCCCCUCGAGCAACGACAGGUGCCCAAGAGGGCCCGAGGCCAAAACAAAAGCCGGCCCCAUGUGAAGCCAACGCACUAUGACAAGGAGCGGCUUUGCCCGUCCCUCCUUCAGGAGUCGGCCACAUGUACAUUUGGUGACCGGUGCCGCUUCCUGCAUGAUGUAGGGCGCUACCUGGAGGCCAAGCCAGCAGACUUGGGCCCCCGCUGCGUGCUCUUUGACACCUUCGGCCGGUGUCCUUACAGCGUGACCUGUCGCUUUGCCGGGGCACACCUUGGGCCCGAGGGCCAGAACCUGGUGCAAGAGGAGGUAGUGGCUCGCUGUGCGGACCUCCCUCCAGUGCGCAAUGGCCUCAACAGAGCCCUGCAGCAGCAGCUGAGGAAGCGCCAAGUGUGCUUCGAGCGGGCCGAGCAGGCCCUGCGCCGCCUCACCCAGGGCCCCAUGCCCAUGGCCAUCCCUGAAACCUCUGUAGCCAUGGUUACUCCAGAGCAGAAUAGUUGCCAUGCCCAGCUGGACACUGCGGGAGGGGUCAGCACCCCACAUGGCAGCCCUGUGUCCACCUGUGGCCCCUUGACAGACGAGGACAUCAUUCGGCUGCGACCCUGUGAGAAGAAGCGGCUGGACAUUAGCGGAAAGCUGUACCUUGCUCCGCUCACCACGUGUGGGAACCUACCCUUUCGCCGCAUCUGCAAGCGCUUCGGUGCGGAUGUGACCUGCGGUGAGAUGGCCGUGUGCACGAACCUCUUGCAGGGACAGAUGUCCGAGUGGGCCUUGCUCAAGCGCCACCCCUGUGAGGACAUCUUUGGAGUGCAACUGGAGGGUGCCUUCCCUGACACCAUGACCAAAUGUGCUGAACUCCUGAACCGCACCAUUGACGUGGACUUUGUGGACAUCAAUGUGGGCUGCCCCAUCGACCUUGUCUACAAGAAGGGUGGCGGCUGUGCACUCAUGAAUCGCUCAGCCAAGUUCCAGCAGAUUGUGCGGGGCGUGAAUGAGGUGCUGGAUGUGCCUUUGACUGUGAAGAUGCGCACAGGUGUCCAGGAGCGUGUGAGCCUAGCGCACCGUCUGCUGCCUGAGCUACGGGACUGGGGUGUCGCACUGGUCACGCUCCAUGGCCGCUCCCGGGAGCAGCGCUACACCAGGCUGGCUGACUGGCCUUACAUCGAGCAGUGUGCCAAGGUGGCCAGCCCUAUGCCCCUGUUCGGAAAUGGAGAUAUCCUUUCGUUCGAGGACGCCAACUGUGCCAUGCAGACAGGGGUCGCAGGGGUCAUGAUUGCCCGUGGCGCCUUGCUCAAGCCCUGGCUAUUCACGGAGAUCAAGGAACAGAGGCACUGGGACAUCUCGUCCUCUGAGCGCCUGGACAUCCUGAGGGACUUCACACACUAUGGCCUGGAACACUGGGGCUCCGACACACAAGGCGUGGAGCGGACCCGGCGCUUCCUUCUCGAGUGGCUCUCCUUCCUUUGCAGGUAUGUGCCCGUGGGCCUGCUUGAGCGACUCCCACAGAGGAUCAAUGAGAGGCCACCUUACUACCUAGGCCGUGACCACCUGGAGACACUCAUGGCCAGCCAACAGGCCGCAGACUGGAUUCGCAUCAGUGAGAUGCUGCUUGGACCAGUCCCACCAGGCUUCGCCUUCCUGCCCAAACACAAAGCCAAUGCCUACAAGUAGCUGACUGAGACAAUAAAUUUUAUUCUUCUACAA